GCACUCCCAAACACCAUGUGGUUCUUUUUGUUUUCUUUCCAAUAAAUAAACUCUCUUUCCAGAUCUUUCCGCUUCUCCUCUUCUAUUUUGAUUAAUUAAACUCCUGAGUAAUGUAAAGUUCUUAUUGUUAGAAACAUUUUGAUUUUCAUUUAUUUUGUAACAAAAUUAACUCUCAGCUCGUUUGCACUAAAAACAUACAAUUGAUUCAUGCAACAUCAUCAUCAUCUGGAUUAUCAGCGUUCAUUCUCCUAAUACUUUAUAUCAUUCUAGUUGCCGGUGGCGGUGGCGGUGGCGGUGGUGGUAAGCCGGUAAUGGUGGUGUAUUCCCCGUAGGCAACGAUGAAGAGUUCCAAUUCCAAUACGACAGGCGGACAGCGGAGAACAGAUUCAUGUUCUCUCUCUUCGUUCAUAUUUGACUUUGACUUUGAAAACUCGACAAUUACACCAAGCCAACCCUCGGAAGAAAAACCCCAAUCUCAUAUCAAAUUCCUCCUCCAUUCUCUUCAUCAUUUCAACGAGGAUCGGUAACAAUGGCAGGACUCUUCACUUACGCUAUUGGCGGCGGCGGAUUGUUCCUCAUCGGCGCUUCUGAAUCCAUAAUCUCAACCUCCGAAACCCUAGAGCAAAUAUCUCAAACGUCAUCUCUCUCAUCACCCGCGCUUCCAUCAUCAACUACUCGAUCGAAAUCGAGCUCUUUCGUUACAUCGUUAAUCUUCUUCGCGAUCUCUCUCGUUUCCUUCUUAUUCAUCUUAAAUUCGUUAAUUUCUAUAAUCGAUGGUAUAAAAUCAAAAGAUCAAACGGGCGUUGUUCUUCAAUUGGAGGUAAUAUCAAUUUCCGCUUUGUUCUUUCUCUUCUCUGUUUUAGGUAUAUUAACAAAUCUUAGAAAUUCAUUCCAAUUCCCAUCAUCAAUCCUCAACGUUCUCUGUCUGUUUGGUUUCGUCGAAGAAUUCUUUCUGUUUUACAUCCAGAAGAAAGAUCCAGAUGGGAUCGAGAAUCGUUACUAUGAUCUACUCCUUGUUCCAAUCUGUAUCUGUAUCGUCUCCACACUUCUCGAACUCAGAACUCCAAAAUCAAACUAUUCUAGGUUAGGGCGAGGAGUUGGUUUGGUUCUGCAAGGGAUGUGGUUUGUUCAAAUGGGGAUUUCAUUCUAUUCAAGUUCCAUCACCAAUGGUUGCUUCAUGCGUGAAAAGAGUAGAGGAAAUUUCACAAUCAGGUGUAAAGGACACCCUGAGUUUCAUAGAGCUAGAGCCAUUGCUACCCUGCAAUUCAAUUGUCAUCUUGCACUUCUUGUGUGUUUCGUUGCUGGAAUUUAUAGUUUACUAAGCAGAAAACAUGGUGUGAGCAAUGAAUCAAUGCAAUAUAAACCACUCGGAGCUGAGAUGCUGCAUCUGGAUCAUGCUCAGUUUACUUUGGAUAGCGAAGACGAUGAAGAUGAUAAUGUUAAAGAUGAAGGAAAAGUGUUAGUCGAGAAGAAGCUUGAUUUAGUGCAAGAAAGAACAGCCAAUGGCUAUGGUUCUCACCCUUGAGGUAAUUCCACAUGCAUAUUUUGAUUUUGUAGUAGUUUUCUGGAGAUAGAUUAGAGACACAAUGUGGUUCAUGAAUCAUGAUGUUCUUUUGUUUAAUAAUGUUUUAGGUUUGGUUUCAGAAUUGAUACAUCUAAAUACAUAAUUUUUUGUUCAUUUGAA